UUUGCGUAGCGUAGAAUGGUUGUCGUCCAGAAUAAGCUGCGCAGCGUAAAUAGUGUGUACACCAAGAUGGCGGCGGUAUCAGCAAUGGGUUUCUCUCAGCAUCUUUCUUCUAAUGAUUUCGCUCCAGAUUGGACCUCCCGUGAAGUUAGCACUGGGACCACUAUUAUGGCAGUUGAGUUUGACGGCGGGGUUGUAAUGGGGGCCGACUCAAGGACCACCACUGGGGCAUACAUCGCAAACAGGGUAACAGACAAGCUCACCCCUAUCCACGACCGAAUCUUCUGCUGCCGAUCCGGUUCCGCUGCCGACACUCAGGCCAUUGCUGACGCAGUCACCUACCAGCUGGGAUUCCACAGUAUUGAGCUGGAUGAGCCCCCACUGAUCCAGACAGCAGCCAAUCUGUUUAAGGACAUGUGCUACAGGUACAGAGAAGAGUUGAUGGCUGGGAUCAUUGUGGCUGGCUGGGACAAGAGAAGAGGUGGACAGGUGUACACUGUCCCUGUAGGAGGCAUGCUUACCAGGCAGCCAGUGUCAGUGGGAGGAUCUGGCAGUUCUUACAUCUACGGAUACGUGGACUCCAACUUCAAAACUGGCAUGACCAAGGAGGAGUGUUUACGUUUCACAGCAGGAGCAAUUUCAUUGGCCAUGGAGAGAGAUGGUUCUAGUGGGGGAGUGGUGCGAAUGGCUGUCAUCUCCGAGGAGGGAGUGGAGAGGCAGGUCAUCCUGGGCAACGAGCUGCCAAAGUUCUCCACUGUGUGAUGCACUUGUGGCUUUACAUAUAUACGCAUGCAUGUUCAGUUUCAUUUGUUAUGUCGAUUUGUUAAAAAAGGACUUUCAAUAAAGUUGAGGAAUAUUACGAUUUCCUAUCCAUUAGAA